AUGGCGCAAAUCUCUCCCGCAGGACGCGUUGCGCUGGUCACCGGUGCUUCACAAGGAAUCGGUCGCAGCAUAGCUCUUCGUCUAGCGGACGACGGCCUAGACGUAGCGGUGAAUGACAUCGAAUCGAAAAGGCCCCAAUUGGAGAGUUUGGUCUCGGAUAUUGAGGCAAAGGGCCGACGGGCCAUCGCGGUUCCUGCAGAUGUCUCUCAGGAGGAUGCCGUUCGCUCGAUGAUAUCGCGAACCGUUACGGGCCUGGGCGGACUUGAUGUGAUGGUUGCAAAUGCUGCCGUCGCAUUGACCAAGCCGAUGAUCGAAACGAGCACCGACGAAUGGGAUCGUAUCAUUUCCAACAACCUGCGCAGUGUGUUCUUGUCAUACAAAUAUGCGGCGAUACAGAUGAUCGACCAAGGGCGCGGAGGCAGGAUCAUCGGUGCAUCGUCUAUAGCGGGAAUUCGAGGUUCUCAAGCCCUUUCCGCGUAUAGCGCCUCAAAGUUCGCUUUCUUACAUUACGGAUGGCCAUCGGAAGCUCAGGAGCUAGCACCGUACCGGAUCACAGUCAACGCAUACGCUCCUGGAUCAAUUUUGACACCUAUGACGUGCUCUGAGGAGGACACGUUGCAGGGGAAAGCUCCUAACGCUACUUUCAAGCAGGCUGUCGGGAUGUCAUUAGAAGCACCCGAUGGUCCUCCAGACGUCGUUGCGAGCACAGUAUCAUACUUGGCUAAAUCUGAGUCCUACUUCGUUACCGGUCAAACUAUCUCAAUGAAUGGCGGAGUGUUGUUGACCUGA